AUGUCAGACCCUGCCACGAGAGCUGUGGUGGACAAGUUGCCGCUUUGCUCCAUAAAUGCUGGACCGAGGAGCCCGCAGUGGAACGAUCGUCUCAAGGAGGAAUAUGUGGCGCUCAUUAGUUACUUGACUCUCGCCAAAGAAAAUGACAAGGAAUGGUUUAAAAUAGAAGCUAACAAGGAAGGCACAGAGUGGAGGGGCCGAUGCUGGUGCAUGUACGAGAUGGCCAAGUACGAAUUUGAACUAGCUUUUGAUAUCCCUCCUACGUAUCCUCUGACGCCGAUCGAGCUGCGGUUGCCGGAGCUUGACGGAAAGACAAGCAAGAUGUACAGAGGCGGGCGGAUAUGUUUGGACGCUCAUUUUGCUCCUUUGUGGAACAAGAACGCCCCCAAGUUUGGCAUAGCGCACGCGCUUGCUUUGGGACUGGGGCCCUGGCUGGCUGCUGAGGUGCCUUAUCUUGUGGACACAGGGGUUAUCAUCGCUUCGUAG